CUCUCCCAGUCGAGUCGCACCGCGCGAUAGCCCGCCAGUUCACUCGGUUCGUUACUGGGGGCGACAUCGGUGGCAUGGCGUGGGAUGCCUUUCUGCCCAGUUUGUCCUCGAUUGCUGCGCGCUGCGCGGGCCGUUUGGUGAGUCACCACUGGGCGCAGCUGGACGAAUGCUUGAGCGAGACAUGGGCAGAGGCCCUUGCAGCUGAAUGUUUGCUUUUGGAGGAGGCCCAGUUGCUGAGCCCUCACACCUUCGAGUUUGCGGCGGAGGGUGGUCGCGUGCAGUAUCAACACCCUGGACGGAGGUUUGUGGAUUUGGAGGCUCCCCGCGUGACACCGGCAGUGGCCGCACGCGCCCCGGGCCUCGCCCACUUCGCUGCUGUGGCCGCAGGGAGCUUCACACGGCGGCUGCAGGAGGCGGCGCCCAGCCUACAGCUGCGGCCAGAGGUGCAGGUGAAGCUUCAACUCACCUGUGGGAGCUCGGGCUGCGCCCCGUGCCACUACGACACCUCGGAGACGGCGCCAGGGCGCCAGGUGAAGAUUUCUCCCCUCUUCAAUCGUGGCAUCCUCUUUCUCUCGGACCGGCUCUUGCACUACACCUUGCCACCCACCCGUGAGGGUGCCACAUUUGGACGCUGGCUGUUGACGAUUUGGCUGGAGGGCGACUCUGUGGAUGCUCCUUUGGGCCAGCGCUGGCCACCACUGCUGCAGCGGACACUGGCGCCAGCCAUUUACUCCAAGGUGUUCCUGAGUUCGUUGGAAAGAAGCAUGCCGCCAGGUCCUGCAUUGGAUGCCUUGAAAGCUGCCCAGGAGGAGGAGAUCACCUCCCUAGAGUCCGAUGAAACCUUUGGAGAAAUGCUUCCGGACCUCAGGGAGGCAGCGCUGGACGCCAUCGCAUCCAAUCGGAAGCGGAAGAGCUCCGGCAUGGGUAAAGAGGUGCUCAUGAAACUGGAGCUUUUGGAGGCACAAGAUCUUUGCCUCGCCACGUUGGAGGGCCACGAACGACUGGAGUAUGCCAAAGGGCGGAAAGACGCCGGAGGCAGAUACUUCAAGCGUGGGUGGUUUCAAGCAGCCCUGGAGAGAUAUAGCCUGACAGCGGAGAUGCUGACGCACAGAGAUGACAUCAAGGUCAAAUCGGCCUGCGAGCUAAAUGCAGCUGCGUGCUUGCUCAAGCUCGAGAAGUGGCGAGAUGUCGAGGCCGUUUGCAAUGCCAUCUUGCGCACCAACCCGGCCAACGAGAAGGCGCUCUUCCGCCGGGGAAAGGCGCUGCUGGCGCUGGGCGAGGCAGACCGCGCGGAGAAGGAUCUGAAGAAGGUCUUGGAGGUCAACGCUGGGAACAGUGAGGCCAAGCACCUUUUGCAGCAGGCUCGGAAGGAGAGCAAAGGCACGAAACGUGAGCGGAAUGUGUAUGCUGCGAUGCUGCAGUCUGAGUGA